GUUUUAAAUCUGCAUUAGUAAUUUAGUAGGGGGCCAUAUCAGAUACUGAACUAACGUCUCAUAACACCGUUCAUGAUGAUGUGUCAGAAUACUGCCAGAAAUAUUGAAAUAAAGGCGAAAAUUCACGACGUAAACGCUGUGAUAAAAAAGGUUGCUGAAGUGUGUAAAAUGGAAAUGGAAGUGAUUGAGCAAUGUGACACUUUUUUCAAAACGGAAAAUGGCCGCCUGAAAUUAAGGGAGUUUAAAGACGGCAGCGGAGAACUUAUUUAUUAUGAUAGACCUGAUGUAGAUGGUCCAAAGCUAUCGAGCUAUUCAAAAUCGUCGGUAACCAAUACAACCUCAUUAAAAAGCGUCCUACAAAUGGCUUUGGGUGUAAAAGGCCUGGUGAAGAAAAAACGUCUGCUGUGGCUUUUCAAUCAAACGAGAAUUCACGUUGACGAAGUGGAAGGUUUAGGAUUUUUUUUUGGAACUUGAGGUGGUAUUGAACGAUAACCAAACACCAGAAGACGGAACACAUACGGCCCAAGAGCUACUUGACAUUUUGGGUAUUCCAGUUUCUGAUCUGCUGUGUGGUUCCUACUUGGAUUACUUAAAUACUUCCAAAUCUUAAAUACAGUACAACUUUCUCA